CACUCACUUUGUUCUAAGACAUCUUUUGAAAAAUCAUCUCUACAUAUUCAGUAACUCAUAAUUAGUUUUUGUCUGUGAAAAUGGCUACUAAUCAACAAAAAUUUACUACUCAGAAGCAAGACACGCAACCUGGCAAAGAACAUGCUAUGAAUCCAACACCCCAAUUCACCAGCCCUGAUUACAAACCAGCAAAUAAGCUUCUAGGAAAGAUAGCAUUAGUGACUGGGGGUGACUCUGGAAUAGGACGUGCAGUAUGCAAUUUAUUUGCAUUAGAGGGUGCCACUGUGGUUUUCACAUUUGUGAAGGGGCAUGAGGAGAAGGAUGCAAAGGACACACUUGCUAUGAUAAAAAGGGCUAAGACUGCAGAUGCUAAAGAUCCACUGGCUAUACCAGCUGACCUUGGUUUUGAUGAGGAUUGCAAAAUAGUGGUUGCUGAGGUCAUCAAAGCUUAUGGAAGAAUUGACAUUCUUGUCAACAAUGCAGCUGAGCAGUAUGAGUGUGGUUCAGUUGAAGAGAUUGAUGAACCAAGACUUGAGAGGGUGUUCAGAACUAACAUCUUCUCCUAUUUCUUCCUGACCAGGCAUGCCCUGAAGCAUAUGAAGGAGGGAAGUAGUAUUAUUAACACAACAUCAGUGAAUGCAUACAAGGGGCACCCAACCUUAAUUGACUAUACGUCCACUAAGGGUGCAAUUGUGGCCUUUACAAGAGCACUUUCACUACAGCUUGUGAGCAAGGGAAUAAGAGUGAAUGGGGUUGCACCUGGGCCUAUUUGGACUCCAUUAAUACCAGCUUCUUUCAAGGAGGAAAAAAUUGCUGAGUUUGGUUCUGAUGUGCCGAUGAAGAGAGCUGGGCAGCCUAUUGAGGUUGCUCCUUCCUUUGUGUUUCUUGCUUCCAACCAGUGCUCCUCUUACAUAACUGGCCAAGUCCUCCACCCCAAUGGUGGAACCGUUGUGAAUGCAUAGGUGGUGCUCGUGAUCUAUGUGCAAUGCUUUUUGUGGUUUUGUGUAUGUAAACUGUGUUACGAAUGGCAGAACAGCAGUCAGUGUAGUAUGGUGUAUGAUGUAUAUGCAGUACAUUUUGCUCUAAAAUGUAUUAACCUUAUCAAAUAAAUUGUCAUAAACUUUUACCUGAAA